AUGACACAUUUAAUUAAGGACACCUUUUACAAGGAAAAGCUUUAUUAGGUAUCCCUUUCCUCUUUUUCCUUUGCCUAAGAGCAGGCAGGAAAACAAAAAGAAGCCAAGCAACCUAUAUCAGAGGAUGUAUUAAAGAAGGCACUCACCACAUAUGGUAAAACUGCUGAAGGAUAACAUUAUGCUUAUUUGAGUUUCAUGGCUAAUAAUUUAGACUUAACUAAUCUACAUGGGAUAGAGAAAUUUAAGCAUCUUCAGCACGUUGAUGUGAGCAAUAACUCUAUUAAGUCACUCAAACCAUUGAAUGGAUUAAAAUACAUAAUUACAUUAAAGGCGAGCAAUAAUAGAUUGACAAAAUUAUUAGACUUAAAACAUAUUCCAUUGUAAAUAAUGGAUGUGGAUUGCAGUAACAAUGAGAUUGAAGUUAUUCCAGAUCUCAGCUGUCAUCGUUUUCUUCGCUAUUUGAAUCUCUCUAACAAUAAGAUAAGACAAAUUGAAGGAGUUCAAAAAAAUAAGUACUUAUAGGUUUUGAAAUUGGCUAACAAUCACAUCGAUCAUAUUGAAAAUUUAGAUGGCAUGAAUUUGACAGAAUUGGAUUUAUUUGGGAAUGAAAUUACAAUCUUAGAUGGUUUGACUUAAUUACCGAAAUUGAGAAAACUGGAACUCUCUCAAAACUAGAUUAAGAGCUUGAAUGGAAUCAUAGAUCUAAUCUCAGUUAGAGAAUUGAGAAUGGCAAAUAAUAAAAUCUCAAGAAUCAAAGAAUUAUCGUAUUUGGAAAAUCUAGUCUUCCUCAGUGUACUUGAUCUCUGUUACAACCCAAUAUAAAACAGACGAUAUUAUAGAUGGCAAGUCUUAUAUAAAUUGCCUGGGUUAAGAAAUCUAGACGGAGUGUAAGUUCCUCCUGAAGAUAUCGUUAAGGCAGAGAAUCUCUACGGAAUGGAUUUAGAAGAUAGAAAGAGAAUUUUUAAAGAAGUCUUGCCGGAUGAAGAAUUUAUAGAUAGAAGGAUUCAUAUUUCUGAGUUAAUCGAACCAGAGACAGAGGAUGAAAAUGAAAAUUAAGAAUUUAUUGAUCAAUACGAUAAAGCAGGCAAAAUGAUGUAAAAGUAAACAAAAUCAAUGGGAUCAUAAAAAUCAAUUAGUGAAAUGUACCAUUCUAACAAGAGUCUAUAAGAAAGAGAAUAUUAAUGA